GUUCUGUCGUACAUAGGGUCACUAUGAGUCUGAACCGACUGGAGGGCACCUAACAGCAGUGGCAUCAGGCCCUAGAAGACUGUGGCUUGGCUGCCGAGCACGCAGUUGCGACCAUCCAUCCACUAGGGGGCAACACGCCAAGUACGGAGAUUACUGGGGCCACUUCAGGCGCAGCUGGUAGGCAGUUCACAGCAGUUUGAAAAUAUCUUUAACAUUCAAAAAAUUGUGCUCCUUGCUUGCACAGUCCACAGGCCUAGAAAGUGGCCACAAAAAUCGGGAUAGCCUGUCUUCUCUACUCUGCCCCAUCUAGUCGAUCAGGAGCAAAACCUAUCUCCCAAAGAGCUCUGACCUACCGGCGACGGAAACCUGAGUAACGAGUCCACGUCUACCGACCGCGCCUGCGCAAAAACGCAGCUUCGGCGGGGGCGCGGGAGAAUGGAGAGGAAGGGCAGGACGCCGCUCGUGGGGCGAGACCAAGAGACUCGUGGCACCUACGCAAAGGACGACGGCGGGCUGCGUUGUCACUUUUGAAACGAAUGGGGGCAACUGCUGCAAGAGCCGCGGAGGCCGCUGUUUACCCGAUGAAAGCGCGCGCCUUCGUCUGUGGGCCCAGCCAUGGCGCUGCAGCUCACCCGGGAGCAGGGCAUUAUCCUCCACGGGAGCGCCGAAAUCGUGGCCGAGUUCUUCUAUAAGUCAUCCUCGCGCAGGGCAGAGUUGGGGAGAGCUGAGCCCAGGCCGUCCCGUAGGCCCGCAGCUCCGCUUCCGAGGCUAGGAGCCGUGAUGGCUCAGAGCGGCCCUGCACCAAGCCUUAGCAGUCCCGCGCCGUCUGCCCGACCCGAGGAGUCAGCGGAGAGUCGGAUGCCGGCGCCUAGCUCCGGCAGCGUUGCUGAUGGGGGAGGAGAAGGCCUCAGUGCUGCGGGGGCCCGCUUCGCGGUGUAGCGGCUUCACCUGGAGCUUGUCUUUAGUGUGAAUCCUCACCCCCUUGCAACUUGGUGCUAGUUGGGUGGGACCCUGUGUGUAUUUUUACCCAGCCUCUGCCCCCCCGUUGAUUCAGAGGCAGGCCACAAUUCAUCAGGCUUUGUUUGGAUAGAAUUGUUCCCGACCAGGCCAGCUGUAUCCACAACCUCUAAUAGAGCCUGGCAGGACACUAGGGGAGAAAAGGAGGAAGAGAAGCUUGUCUGGAGCAGUUGACCAAUCAGUCCAAGCCUGUUUCCAUACCUUCUAACCAUGUAAUCUGAAUUUGGCCUAGGAUUACAAUGAGAUGAAAUAUGGCAGUGGUAGGGUAAUGCGUUUUGGCAUUUAAUUUUCUUUUAUUGCCACGCGAAUGCCUAUAUUGCUUUCUUUUACCUAGAAGCAAGAUUUUAUGGAUAUUUAAUGCCACUUUGUACACACCUACUCUGCCUUCAGUAAGACAAGCCAACUCGUGUUUAGGCAUUUAUAAAGUUUGAGUAUUAAUGAAACUAUAGCCACAUCUAAAUAUAUUUUAUUUUCUGUAGUUGCAAAUGAUAAUGACUUUUUAACGUUUCUUUUGCUUUCAGCAUUUGGUAUUAACAGCAUUUUAUAUCAGCGUGGCAUAUGUCCAUCUGAAACCUUUACUCGAGUGCAAAAAUAUGGACUCACCUUGCUUGUGACUACCGAUCCUGAACUUAUUAACCACCUAAAUAAUAUGGUGGAACAACUAAAAGAUAUUUAAUAAUUGAAAGCAGUUUGAGUUUUGCAGCGUUUCUUGGAUCCACAUUUUCUGUCAUAGCUUCCUGUAUAGAAGUGUGAAACACACUGCCUUCUCAAAUAUAGUGAUUUUCAAUUGGGAGAAAGCAAAUAGUAUAUAAAUUGAGAGAAAUCCUUUUCUCCAUCACAUUCCAAGUUGGCUGAGUAUUUUGAUGUUAGAAAUUUGAUAAGGGUUGAUAAAUGUCUCCAUCAACUCCCUUAGAAAUGGUUUUUGCAGUAGUUUGAAAGUUCGUGUAACCAAAUGGAACAAGUUAGAACUUAACAUAAUUAUAAUAAUAUUCAUUAUCUGUUUGAGAAAAUAUCCACUAUAAAUUCUUAACCUGAUGCUCUCUGUAGCCACUAGGAUUUUAAAGUCAUUGUUAGAGAAACAGCAAGGAAAAUAAAAUUGUAUUAAACCUGGAGACUAAACUUAAAAAAAAAGAAUACUAAGUAACAGAACAUUCAGUAGAGUUUUCUUAUUUUUUCACCUGUUUCCCUUUUUCUUUUUAAUUUGCCUGUGUCUCAGUUUUUUUACCUGAACACUCAAUUUUUUCUUUAGUUCAGGAAGUUGCUGUAUUACCUGUUGUACCAAUACUUGUUCUCCAUUUCUUUUUUUUUCCUUCUAGAAUUUCUGAUAGUUUCCCUUUCAUGUUUUUCUCAAUUUGUUUCUCCCCAUUUGUUCUUCCAAAAGACUAGUUUGGUUUUUAACAGUGGCCAUUCUUUUCCUUUUGAAUUUUUAAAUUCAGAAAUCUUUCUUUUAAUUGUUGUUUCAGAACUUUUUCAUGUUCAAUUGUAGCUUCAUUUUUUAAAUUACAGUUUUGAUUGUAUUUUUAUUACUUUUUCUGUUUUAAUAUGCCUUUCUGGUAAUAGCUAUCUGAACUUUUUGUUAACUUGAUAUCUCUUUUCAAGUUCCGUUAUCCUCUAGAUAAGCUAGUAACAUUUCCCUACCGUUAACAUCUACAUGAGUAGAAUCCCUUGAUACUUCUGCAGGUCAGCAAGGUACGAUCUCAAGCAGUGGUGAAAAGACAAGCAAAGGAAGAUAGGAUUUAUUCUGUAGUACAGAAUUUCUCAACCUCAAAGAAGAUAUGCUUUAUUAGAUCAGUGCUAGCAGAAUAGCAAGAUGAGACCGCUGUUGGUGGUGUGGGGAUAGACUUUAGUCUCAGGUGCAAGCAGGAAGCACAUCAUUAGGAGUAGCCUACCUGUCCCAAGGUUGCAUCCAAAGUUGAGGGUCAGGGCUAAGUCUCUGUUAGUCAUUCAUAAGGCUACAUGCAGGUCAGUUGGCCUAUAACCUCUAUAGAUCUGUGUCUAUAGAUGUGUGUCUUCAUCUUAAUUUGAUGGAGAAGCAAGCUUUGCCUAAGGCACUGCUGGUUUAUUGGAUUAUCUCUUUUGAGAACACAAAUGACAUUCCACCUCAGAUGUACUUAGAUUUUCCUAUUUAACUUCUUGUUCCCUCUUUUAUUUUGGUUAAAUUGGAGGAAUUGUUCCUAGAGGCAAAUUGUUUAUCUAUUUUGAAUCCCAUUGCCUUUAGCAUUCUCAAGGACUUUACCCUGUUUCUUGUCAUAUUUUCUACUUCUGUUUUGAUUGGGAUUCUUCCCAUUGGCAUCAUCUCUCUCCAAUUUUAAAAGAAGAAAAAUUACUGCCUACGCUAAGUCUCAUUCAGAUUACCACCCAUUCUCCUUUUCAGAGCUUAACCUUUGAUGGAAAGUUGUUGAUGUAUGCCAGGGUCCAGUGGGUGGUCUGUUUUUGUACUAUCUGCAAACAGAACAGAGACCUAGGUCGCCCACAAAAUCUAAAAUAUUUACUGAAUAUUACUGAAUUAUUUUCUGUCUCUUUACAGAAAACUUUGCUGAUUCGUGUAUAUACUGUAUCAGUUUUCAGGAUAACCUCAGAGCUCAAUCUUGAGGCCUUCCUCUCACUUUAUAAUCUCUCUAGAUGAUCUCUGACAUGUACAUAGCUUCUGUUAACCUUCCUGUAGUUGCCUCUUUAUAUCUAACCCAAAUCUCUCCUAACUCCAAACCUAUAUAUCCAAAGGCUUCUUUACACGAUUAUCCCAAAGAUACUUAGACUCAUCAUAUUAAAAACUAAAUUUAAGAUUGUCUCCAAAAUUGCUCCACUUUCAAUUCUCUUUCCUAGCAGUGAAUGGCUUAACCAUCCAACCAGUGAUACAAACCAGAAACUUGGGAGCUAUUACUGACUUGUUCCUCUUCCUUAACCCCAUAGCUAAUCCAGUAAGUUUUGAUAAUUUUCACCAUGAAAUCUCUUGAAUCUGUCUGCUUCUCCACUUCUAUCAAUAUAUCCUCAUACAUGCUUUCAUUAUCUCAUCUUGCUUAAACUAAGUGAAGGAACUAGUGUCUGAAAACCAAACCCAUUGCCAUCUAGUCGAUUCCAACUCAUAGCGACCCUAUAGGACGGGGUAGAGCUGCACCACAGGGUUUCCAAGGAUCAGCUGGUGGAUUCAAACUGCCACCCUUUUGUUAAGCAACCUUUUGGUAAGGGAUCUAUAGAGACUAGCAUCUAGAUCCCCUCUUAGUCUAGAUCCCCUCUAAUCCAUUUUCAGAAUGAUAGUUUUGAAAUGUAAAUCUAAUUAUAUCAUGUCCUUCUUCAAACACAGAAAUGACUUCCCUGGUUCUUGAAGUAUAAUUUCUUCAUUUGGCCCACGUGGCCUUGCAUGGUCUGGCCAAACUUACCUUGUGCAUUCUUGCUGUCUUCAGUGCAGUUGUACUGGCAUUCUUUCGGUCCUCUGGUCACGUGUUGUUCCCCUUGAGUAUUUAAGGCCUGUACCUUUUUCCCUCUCCUUUUGCAUAUUUAAAACUGUUUAAUCCUCAGAGCUAAGCUUAAGCCUUCCCUGACCUCCCUGAGUGAGUCAGUUGUUACUAUUUAAAUGCUCUGUGUUGUACCAUUUAUGCUUCAUAGCAGUCAUCACAGUUGUAAUUUCACAUUUGUUGGUGUGAUGAUUAGCUCAGUGCUUGUCUCCUAUACUCUUACCUUGGAUGAGCAUGAAAAUAUCUCAUGCUCACUGUAUCCUCAGCAGCCAAUACUAUACUUGCUAGAAAUACUGAGAAUUUGAAAACAGGAGCUAGAUAUUUAUGGGACAAAUUUUCUGAGGGGGGAGGGGGUGCAACAUUCCAGUGGUAGAAGUUUGCUGAGGAUAGGAAGAGAGUCCUGAGAAGGUAAGGGUUGAUUUGCAAUGCCUUGGACCAAAAAAGAUGCCUUGUUAUGUGUUGCAGAUUGGUUACACAAAUGUUCAGAAACUGGUGGUAGUCAUCUCAGAUAUUGAAAGUGGUGAGGUCCUUGAAAGAUGGCAAUUUGAUAUUGAGUGUGACAAGACUGCAAAAGAUGACAGUGCACCCAGAGAAAAGUCUCAGAAAGCUAUCCAAGAUGAAAUCCGUUCAGUGAUCAGACAGAUCACAGCUACAGUAACAUUUCUGCCACUAUUGGAAGUUUCUUGUUCAUUUGAUCUACUGAUUUAUACAGACGAAGAUUUGGUUGUACCUGAAAAAUGGGAAGAAUCAGGACCACAGUUCAUUACCAAUUCUGAGGAAGUCCGUCUUUGUUCAUUCACUACUACUAUCCACAAAGUAAAUAGCAUGGUGGCCUACAAAAUUCCUGUCAAUGACUGAGGGAUGAGCUGAGAAAAAUAGUAUACUUGAAAUUCUCAAUGUGUUUUCCUGAAAUGAAGUCAACUAUAAGUUGAUAUGUUUUAUUUCACUGGUUAAUUUUUAGAUGUGGAAAACAACAUUAUACUCUACUGAACUGUGCAUAAUCCAUUUUGUGUACCUGCUUAAUGUUCCAUGGAGUUGACAUCAUGAAUUAGAGGAGAUGAUGGUAUUAUCCCCUUGUUAAUACAGUCAGCUAAAUAGAUUAGCACAGAAGAAUACUGCACAGCGUUCAAAAGGAAGCCGGCAGAUUUCGUCAACAUUGUAAUGUCAGUUCCUUUGAAGGUGGCAACUGUAGUUGGCAAAACUAUUACUACAAAGCUAAAUACCUUCCUAAAUCAGGUAUUUUGGUCAAGUAGCUUGAGUCAGAAUAGAGGUAGGGUGAUAAUGUAAAUUACAGCAAAAGAAGUUUGAAUAUUUAGAAUUUUUGUUUAGAUCCUGAAAAUAACUAAUAUAAUCCGUAAGUAAGGAAAUAUUGAGGUCCUUCCUCCAUUUAUUUAGAUGUAUAGUUCCCAUGUUGAAAAAACUGCCAAUUAUUUGAUUUUAAUUUAUACAAUUUGUACCUAUGAAGGAUGAAUUUCCUUUGAUAGAGAACUCUUUGAAAAUCUCUUUUUAUGUUUGAGAAAGUGAAGAUUUAAAUGACAAUGGUGAAGUUAAAUGUGUAUGUUUUAAAUCUGUCUUCAAAGACUUUGAUACUGGUGUUAAAUGGUAGCUAGAAUGGUUCAGUAUAGCAAAUGAUUUUUUUCUGUUAACUAGGGUGUAGGUCCAAAGCAUACAAAGAUGAGUAAAUCUUGAAGUACUUUCAGUUUACUGGGCUUUGAUUACACUGCUUUAAUCUCAUAACAAUUGAUUUAAAAUAAGCCCCGGUUGUUUGUAUAAAAAGAGAAAUGUCAUUUGGAAUUAGUUCAGUUUAGCAAAUGUUGGAUGGUAGUACCUUUAGGAGUCCAUGGGUGGCACAAAUGGUUACAUGCAGGACCACUAACCAAAAGGUUGGUGGUUCAAACUCACCUAGAGGCAACUUGGAAGUUAGGCCUGGCAAUCUUCUUUCAAAAUUUCACAGCCUUGAAAACUAUGAAGCAGUUCUACUCUGUACACAGUUGUUGCCAUGAGGUAAAAUUAACUUGACAGCAACUAACAAUAACCACGAAGUACCUUUCUAUACUCUUAGCCUUACCUUCUUGCCUUAUGUGUAAGGUUUCUCACUGUAUCCUUUAUGUGGCCUUUUCUUAUUGUCAGCUUAGUUUUCUUUGUAUACUUACACAGCUUGCUUAUUCCUGUGCUUGUAUUAUUAUUGUCAUCAGAUGUGUUCCUUCUAUCCAGUUCCCACCUGUUUUUCCAAGAUCAGCUUGAAGCAAAUUUCCAAGAAGUCUUUCAUAAUCUCUGUUCUAAAUCUCAUCUCAUUUUGUAAUAAUUAAAUUAAGUAGCUAUGAAGUGUUAGACACUGUUCUAAGCUCUUUAUAUGUAUUAACUCAUUUAACUUUCACUGUUACGUGAAUACACAGUCUGUAUCCAUUUAUUCAACAGUUACAUAUUGAGCGUCUGUUAAUGUGCAAAAAUACUGUGUGCAAGUGCCAGGAUGAAUGAAACAAUGUCCUGGACUUUCUGAAGCUAAAAAUCUUAUGAGGGAAAGGAAAAUACAUUGCAGAGGACUGUAAAGUAACCACACAUGUUCAUUUAAUUAUGUAUUUCUUUGUCUUCAUUAGUUCACCUGAUGAAUCAUAUCUCCUGGAUCCAGUUGUGUACUUGUUAAGAAUAAAGAGCAUUGUCUUAAACAUUCUUUCAUCUCAGUGCUUGGGAAGUAGGUGCCAAUAUUUGAUGAUGGCUACAGCGAAUGCUGCUUAGAGAGCCCAUCACCUAAGGAGUUGUUGAAGCUACCUAAAUGAGGUCCAGGUGACUAGAAAGGGUCAUCCACAAGUCUUUUCCUAAAUAAGAAAAGUAUUAAUGCAGAAAUGGAAGUGAUGUUGAAUUAGGCAUAAUCAAAAGUCUCUAGGUUUCCAAACAACAUUAGGUGUAAUAUGAAGUGGACAGUAUUAAGAUUAAAACAUUCGUUUCUUAGACUGUUCAUAACCUCUAACAUUUGAAAUACAGGUUGAGAAGAAAAGCAGUAAUAGAGCAUUGGAAUAAAUAAGGAGAGGAAAAUUCUGGUCCUGUUUUUUGGAAAUAUGUUUGAAAAUCUUUAUAGAAAGCAAUAACUGCUUAGCCUUCAAGAAACGUU